CAGUACUGUGUAGACCUCUUGUUUCAUUUGACGGACUUUUGUGUCGAGUGGCCACCAUCCAAAAAUCCUCCAGAGGUGUUCAAUUCUGUUAUUGUUAUUAAUUUUUCACACCACCACCUUUUUUCUGCCUCCUGCCAAAACCAUCGGGGCCCCGGAGGACUCCUUUUCGCGCACAAGAGGAGCCACCAGCAUGGCCAAUUGACUCGUCUCCAACAAUACCCAAUGUGGAAGUGAUGAGGACCUCUCAGUGGAGGAGUGAGAAGUUUUUCCCUUUCUCACCACAGUGACACUCGACGCGAGCGGAAUUCCAACACGCAUCCCCUGAGGAAUUGCCUGGAAAGCCCAGAGAAUUUGCCCGAGAAAAGACUAACAUAUAUACUGUGAAAUUUUAAGGAAUUUACCAUUAGAGUAGUUUUACUAACUUGAGACAAAGUGAAUUGCAUCCUCCAAUCGAGGAGGACGAAUACAGAGAGUGUCACGGCGCCAGAUGGAUACACAGAUUCGUGAAGCGAGUGCGUGAUUUCGAGCCAGUGCCACAGAAAUACAUAGUGAAAUAGUGACCGCGUGAGAGCGCACGAAAGUGGCAAUCACCUUCCUGACGCAUGUCCACUAUACUGGCCACCACAAAUUCUGGAGCCUUUCCAGAGGAUCCCGACCAGGAACAUGGGCUGCCCGAUCUAAAUGGUGUGGACUUGGUUAUGAGCUUGUCGCCCAAGCACAAUCAUCAUCACAGUCUCACGAGUCUCCAGCAUCUGCAGUCACUCCAGCACAAUUCGCUCCACAGUCACUCGACACCCUUCUCAGUCACGGACAUUCUCAGUCCUAUUGAGGAGUCGUACAGGAAAUUAGAACUUAGCGCCAAUCCGCCUUCGCCUUACAGGUCCAACUCCAGCGGCAGCAGCGUCAAUUCGCCAAGUGCUCUGGGGCCAAGCACGGGAAUGGCGAAUCCCUACGCCAUGGGGCCUUUGUAUCACAGUCCCGGUGUGCAGAGCUACUGCACUCCGGCGGACAAUCUCUCCCUGGCCGGCCACUACACCGACAUGCGGAGUUCCGCCGGCUGGUACGGGUCCACAGCCAACGAUCCGCGCUUCGCAAUCUCAAGAUUAAUGGGUGGCUCAGCGGGUGGUUCCAUGGGACACGCAAUGAGCAACAUGGGAAGUUUGGCGGCUUGCAGUGUGUCUGACACGAAGCCAAUGCAAUUUCCUCUGGCACAGAGGCGAAAAAGGCGAGUCCUUUUCACACAAGCACAGGUUUACGAAUUGGAGCGGCGAUUUAAGCAGCAGAAAUACCUUUCGGCACCUGAACGAGAACACUUAGCGAGUUUGAUUCAUUUAACACCAACACAGGUAAAGAUAUGGUUCCAGAAUCACAGGUACAAGUGCAAGAGACAGGCGAAGGAGAAAGCCAUGGCAGAGCAGAAUCAGCAUAAUCAGUCCGCAAGUUCGCCUCGACGAGUUGCUGUUCCCGUGCUAGUGAAGGAUGGAAAACCCUGCUCUGGGAACUCGAACAACAACCAGCAACAGCAGCAGCAGCAACAGCAGGUGGCGGGCGGCAACACGACGGUCUCGAGCGGUAGCAACCUGGUGACAGGUGAGACUGCGAACGCCCACUCUCCAGACACCUCAGCCGCCCUGCUGAGCACCUACAACGGCGCCCAGCACGCCCAAAUGCUGCAGCAGCCCUGCAACAACGCGCUCAUGUCCAACAGCCUCGCGAUGGCGUACCGCAACCAGAACAACUUCAUGAGCAACAGCCACCAGCAGCAGUGCAGCAGCUAUCUGCCGCUGCAGGGGCGCGCCUGGUAAUAGUGAGUCCCCCGACGGCCCGCAGUCGCCGACCCGGAAGUGGGCGGUGAAGUAGGAAAUAGAUAGUGAGAGAGAGAGUGAGAGAGAGAGAGAUAAGAAAGUGUCUAAACAACCUUAGCUGAGAGAGAAUGAUAUAUAGUGCGAGUGCUUAGAGACAUACUUUGCAGAGUGAAUUUUCCUUCCUCAAAUUGCUCUCCCAACAGAAUCCGUUUGGGGAAAUUUUGAAUCUCAUCAUGAAAAAAAAUUUGAAUCAUUCAAGAAAAAGGACAUUUUUUUGAAAGAAAAUAAGCGGCAAUAAUCAAAUAUUUACCCCAGAGUGAAUUGAGAAAACAAUCUCUUCCAAGGUCAUCGAGGAAUUUUGUGUCGUGACCACACAAAAUUGUGAUGGAAUUUCCGAGAAGAAAUCUCGAGGACUUCUUCAAAAAUCAAACGGAAAGUUGUGAAUGUCUCAAAUUUCAGUGGAGGAAAUAAAGGAUCCAGGCACUUGUGUGGUCAUCUCACUCCUCUUACCCUUCAUCUGAGCGCAAAGGGACGACAAGAAGUGGAGAAGAAGAGGAAUUGACCAGUUUGACUUUCUACCUUUGUCGCAUGGAAUUUCCUUGUGGGAAAAUAGACAUUUAGCAAAUGACAGACGCUAAAGAGGCAGCAAAAGAGUCAGGAUUUAAGGCAUAUCCCCAAUGAUUUCCUAUUUACAUUCCUCCAUGCUGGUUUGAAGGGAUUUUCCUCACCAUUGACGUACUUAAAAGGCUUUUAAAAUUAUCUUGUUGUGUACACAAGAGAUAAAUCUCUACUAUUCUCCCAUGCACCACACACAGAGAAUCCUUCAGGCUCUUUGUCCGUCUGUUCACCCAGCAAAUUUGCCUCUCUUUCAGCUGUUUUUUUUAAUAUAUAUAUAUACUUCUCCUGUUCAGCACUAAUUUCGCAAUUUUCUUGUGGUUUCUUUGGAGACUGAAAAAACACAGAAUUCAAAAAAAGUAUAUUAUGAGAUGAAAUGUACAGAGUACAAAGAGUGAAAGGCAUCAUAGUAGACUUCUUUAGCGAAAUGAAAUGAAUUGACAGGUAUACAUUUUGAAAGGAAUAAUUAAAUAGAGAGAAUAGAGAAAAAAUCCGUAUAGUUAUAGGGCAAAAAGAAUAUAAGAACAGGUGUGAUUUGAGGAGGAAACCAUUGAGAUAGAAAUUCACGUGAAACACAUACAUCGAGAUUGCAAUAAAAUUAAGGUAAAUUGAAUUUUAGGAUGUUUCUGUUUCCACCAAAAAGGUUUUGCAAAAAUUAUUCGCUGCUUGAAUUAUUGCUAAAAUUGCAUCGGAAAUUUUGUAUUGAUAAAGCAGCUUCUUACAAUUUAACAACACAUUAAUGAUCCUUACAUGAAAUAUCUUUCCAUCAAAUACUCAUGGUUGCAGUGUUAAGUUGCAAAGAUUGAAGACAGGAGAAAAAAAAGAGAAGGCAAAAGUACCUUUAUUGAGCACUUUUAAUUUUCUCCAAUUAAUUCGAAAUUAGUUGAGAUGAUAUUGAAAGCAGAAGAAUUAUCUGUAAAUAGUGUAAUUAACUCAAAUGACCCUAAGUAAGUAUUCCACUCGAUAGGCAUUUUAAAACUAAUAAUGUAAUUAUUAGUGAGAGUAUUGUAAGAAUAAAUUUUCAGUGUAUCAUAUAAAGUGGAGAAAUAUUUUAAGAAUUGAGCAGGGUAUUAAUAGGUUAAAGAGUUCUUUCAGCAGUGUACUUUGGGAAUGAGUUUGAGAGGCCAAUUGGACAGAGCCUUCAGCACUUGAAUGUCUUCAAGGAGAUUGAGUUAAAAAAAAAUAAAUACCAUGAAAGAAAGUUGUGUGACGUGAUAAAUGAUUUAAUUGAACAAUUUAAUUUCAACCAGCAUUUUUCACUCCAAAAUCAUGGAUUUCCCCCUCUCGUAAUGUAAAAGCAACAUUAUAAUCUGUAAAUACCGUGUUAAAGAAGGAAGUUGGUAACAGAAUUGAACGCAGAAAAAUGCAUCUCAAUAUUACAAUGAUAUAAAAUGAAUUUAAAAGGAAUAAUAAAAAAAAUUAGUUUACUUAUAAUGAAUUGUACUACAAUUGGUGUAUUUUACAGCAAAAAAAAACAGAAAAUGAGGAAAAAAGUGAAUAAAUAGCAAAUAAUGAUCGCAUCGUCUCUUAUCUGACAUCGUUCCCUGGUCGAUAUACAAAAAAAAACUCUUCUUCACCCACAUAAUAAAUAAAUAGGUGCUGAGUUAAAAAAUAUGAACUGGGUUGGA